AGACACGCCAGCCUUCUUGUUGGCAAAGAUUAUCUUGCGCUCCUGUCCUGUCGACGCACACCAUGUUUAUGGUGAUAGAAACGUUCUAAUUCCAGCUACGUGAUGCUCGACAAGGGUAGCCGUGGCCCCUGAAGAAUCGUUGCUGUGCCACAUUGGAGGUCACGCUAUGCCGAGUUGAGCGUCCUCGCAGCAGAGCGGUCGUAUAAAUACGUCGAUGAUUGCAAUCAGGUCACAACAGGAUCGAGGUGGACAAAACAGGAACCUUCCACGCGGAUCCUGCCUGUCAGCAUUCUUCUCGAUGGCUUCUUCCGGACGCGCUCCGACGGCGCUCAUGACUAGCGCGAGACCCAGCCUGCCAGAGGAUAAGUCCCCCAAGGUUACCUCUGCACCAUCACACGCGGUGGCGUUGCCCGUCCAGCAUGUAGACAAGGCCAACGACGACUCCUCCGAAGCAGAUAGCAUCGUGGCUCGCAAAAGGCACGACCGCGACGAUGAAGACCACAUUGGAUCAUCAAAGAAGCAGAAGCAAUCCGAGGAACUUCACCGAAACGCUCAGCCAUCGACGAAAGCAGAAAACCAACAGAAGUGCGUCGCUGAGAUAGUAGAAGCUUGGGGCGAGGACUAUAAAUCGUGGCCAACGCAUCAAUUUGCGCCCUUAUGUGCUAGGAGCUCUAAGUCGAGCACUGAGGAUGAAGACGAUUUCAGGAAGAGGCCAACCAGAUGGCAUUUAAAUCUGCUCAGGCCAGUAGUCGACCUUUCGAAGCUGACAGCGGAGAGAGAAGUCAUCAAGAGGGCUUUGCAGCAAGCCAUCGAUGCACGACUGACGGAACCUAGCAGUUCCGCACCAUCCAGUGCCAUGACUGCCCAAGACAUUCACUCCGCGAUCACAAGUAUCAAGAUGGGCGCUUGGAAAGAGUGCAAGCUCGAGGAAACGAUAGAACCAAGCUUGACCCAAAGCGCGACAGCAUCUCCUCGGCCACGUAAAAUAAUCGUCCGUCUGCCGGCGCCCAGAGCAAUCGGCGCCCUGACCACGACUUCCAUCCGCGACAAUUCCGAAACGACGAGUGUUUCUGACGAAGGACUCCAAGNACGAAACAGAAUGCAAGUGCCUGAUUAUUUCCCUCAGCCACAGAGCCGAGAACAUGAUGAGAUCCUAGAGCAGCUCUUCGGUCCCGCAGAAGACGCUGAGGACAGAUUCAUUUGCGAGAAUGUCCGCCAGUACAUCAGCUUCAUGAAGAAGAAGAAGGUCCUUGGUCAAGAGAGGGCGGACGUAUACCGCAAAGUGGCCGAAAUCGACCGCAAGGCGAAGGAAUUGAACCAAACUCGGAAAGAGAUCCGGGGACUGGAAGAGUUCGAAAGAGGAGACAAAGAUGAUAGGCAAGGUUCGCUUUCACGUUUGGCGAGCGAGGAAUUGUAGAGUACAGGGACUUCACGAAUUUUACAUUACGACUUUGACACCGGAAAUGUAGACUAUAGCACAUAGAGGAUGUAGAGGACCGAAUUUUGAAUUAGUGGCUAUCCGCUCAAGGUUGGCUCGAGCAUGCAUCUACCUCUGGCAGUAAUGUCUGCGGACUCGAUGUUCAAGUCCACUGCUCUAAUACCAAUGCACAUGGUUGACCAAUGUCUCUACAAGGGAUGCCUUCGGAUCCAACGGCAGCAUUUCGUUGCUAAACUUCUGGAGACAACCGUAAGCGCAAGAA